AUGAUCAACACAAUGGAAAAUACUGGUUUUGCUCAAUUUGAAAGAAAUCCUUCUCUUUUGCCUGGUACAACGUUAGAGAAAUCACAGAAAACAAAAAAAUAUAUAGAGCACUACUAUAAAGUAGCAGUGGAGCAUGCUGUAGAAAGAAAUCAUAGAAGAAUUGAGCUUGAACGAAAACUAACAACAGAGCGUGGAUCUGAUGAAAGAAAAAACAGACAAUUAAGAGUACUGGGAGAGAGGGAGUCGCAAUUCUUACGUUUUCGAAGGACAAGACUGUCUCUAGAAGACUUUGCAACUAUCAAAGUUAUCGGUAAAGGUGCUUUUGGUGAGGUACGACUAGUACAAAAGAGGGAUACUGGAAAGAUUUAUGCUAUGAAGUCUUUGUUGAAAACCGAAAUGUUCAAGAGGGAUCAACUAUCCCAUGUCAAGGCCGAACGGGAUUUGUUAGUAGAGUCAGAUUCUCCUUGGGUGGUUUCCCUUUAUUUCUCUUUUCAAGAUGCUUUAUACCUUUAUCUUAUUAUGGAGUUUUUGCCAGGAGGAGAUUUAAUGACCAUGCUGAUUAAUUAUGAUACCUUUUCAGAAGAUGUAACGCGCUUUUACAUGGCUGAAACCGUUUUGGCAAUUGCUGACGUCCAUCGAAUGGGAUACAUACAUCGUGAUAUUAAACCCGACAACAUUCUGAUUGAUCGUGAUGGUCAUAUCAAAUUAUCUGAUUUUGGUUUGUCCACAGGUUUCUAUAAACAAGAUCAAAGUGCUUCUUACAUGAGACCCCCAAAAACCGGCAACACCUUAAAGAGAGGACAAUUGGUAGACGCUAUUUGGCUAACCAUGUCUUCAAAAGACAAAAUGGCUACGUGGAAGCAAAAUCGCCGUGUUAUGGCGUAUAGUACUGUGGGUACUCCGGAUUAUAUUGCACCGGAAAUCUUUUUACAACACGGUUACGGACAAGAUUGUGACUGGUGGAGCCUGGGUACCAUCAUGUUUGAAUGUCUCAUAGGUUGGCCACCGUUUUGCAGCGAAAAUUCACAUGAAACCUAUCGUAAAAUCGUCAAUUGGAGAGAAACUCUAGCCUUCCCUAAUGAUAUCCACCUUAGUUUUGAAGCCCGAGACUUGAUGAAUCGUCUCAUGACUGAUUCGGAACACAGAUUGGGUCGCGGCGGUGUCAUUGAAAUUAUGCAACACCCCUAUUUCAGUGGAAUUGAUUGGGAUCGCCUCCGUGAAAGCCCUGCUCCAUUUAUCCCCGCUUUAAGAUCGAUUACCGACACUCAUUACUUCCCUGUGGAUGAUUUGAGUCAAGUUCCCGAUGAACCUGUUGCAACCCCGGUAGCCAACGUAGAUCCAAGGACGGUUGAACAAACAAAUAUGGCCUUCUUGGGAUACACUUACAAAAAAUUCAAUUAUCUCACUUUGAAGGGAGCUCUGUAA